CCCACGAUUGCUGGGUAGAGACAAAAUGUGACUGGGUGUUUUGCUCGACCUCAGGCCACGAAUUCAAGAUCACUGGAGCCGUAGGUCCCUUUCUAGCCUGGUUCUAGCCUGUCUCCAGCAUUCCUGGGAAGCUCUGGAGAGUAGCAUGUGCUCCAGAAGGCGGGAGUGGUGUCUGGCUCUGGAACUUCUGCUGCUGCCUCAUUGGUUCCUGGCGACCAGCAUUCAAGGUCAUUCAGAAUCUCCAGUGAACGCGCUCUCUGGCAGAAAUGUGAGACUUCAAAUUUCCAAUUUGCCUGAUAAGUACAAAAAGCUCACUUGGUUUUAUACCCCUGAACAGAAGAUUGUAGAAUAUGAGGAGUCCAGCGAACCCAACUACUUCAAGUCUAAAUUUAAGGACAAGGUCAAGCUUGACCUCACAAAUGGUGCACUUGACAUCCAUAACGUCCAGAAAGAGGACAGCAGUACCUACCUCCUGAGGGUAGUGAAGGUAACCGGCAACGAGGAGGAAUGGCGGGUUCCACUGAAGGUAUUUGAUCCUGUACCUAAGCCUGUCAUAGACAUCAAGAUACAGAAAAUGAACAACAGCUGUUAUUAUCUGACGAUAUCAUGCGUGGUCCCAGACCAGUCUGUAAACUACAGCUGGCGUGGGGACUCAGGGCCCCUUCCAAAAGAGCUCCAGACUAGUGUGUUCAAUGUCACCAUUGGGCCACAAAACUACUCGAAGUUUUACACCUGCGAAGUCAGCAAUCCUGUGAGCAACAGUUCUAGCACCGUCCCAGUCACUUUGCCCCAUGACUCCGCCGGAUCCUUCAGAGUAGCUUGGACUGCAGUUUGGCUAGUGGUCAUCGUACCCACUGUUUCUGGCCUCCUGUGGAACUGAGAUGAGCUCUUCUAACUCAGGAGUGAAACUUCAAGACCACAGGAUCUUGUCUUCGUCAGCACCAUGCUGUUAACCAGGACAGAAACCCUAGCUAUAUGGCAUGGGGAAAGUGUAUUUCUGAGGUAUCUACAUGGAAUUUCAAAUUAACUUUUUUAAAACCAUGGUUAAUAUUUUAUUUUAUAUCCUCUAGUUGUUUUCCAACACACAUAGCUACACAUGCGUUCUUCCCACCGAAAUAUGUGAUCACUGCAGAGUUUUCCUAUAUAAGUAAACUUUUGAUUUGAUUGUCAAAGUGGAUUCCUGAAGUUGCCCUAAAUCUGUCGGACAAUGUCUGCUCCAUUAGCCUGGACAAACUGGACCAUUGAGAUCCAAAGAGAAAGAGCCUGGGACCACAGGCUCCUGUGUGUCAGCAAGGCUGAAGAGUUAAUUCGUGCUGUCUCUGACUCUUAGUCUCACAUCCACGCGAAACCUAGUGCUCCACUCCUCCCAAACUAACCCUUUACCAAGUUCUGGCCUCCUUCCCAAUAGUUUGCCUUGUUCUGGCCUCUCUGAGGAACAUACUCAUUAGGUUUCCUGGGAAUAUGUGGUCAGGCUUACUCCCCAAGAACUGAGUAUCCAGCUUUACCACAUAAAAGGCUCCAGGCCAGGUUUUCCAUGAGUAGCUGGGCUCCCCCUCCUCUUUUCACUGUUGUUGCUGUGUAGACAACUCUUCAAGUCCUAGUUGUGUUGUGGAAUUCAACAAAACCAUCAAAUUGACAAAAUGUUCUCACCGGGCUCUCCCAUUAUAUGAAGGUGGGAGCCGCCAGGCCACCAUUUCCAUAACACCUGGAAUGUUUGCUCUCUAUUCCCUCCUCUAAGGCUCCCCGUGCGCUGGAGCUGAGAGGGUCACUAGAGGGUGUGCUUCCCCUUCACAAAACCGCCUCACCACAGACCACAUUCUUUUUUUACAGCAAACCAGCCUUCCCCACGUCCAGCCCUCUGCUCCCUCUCCCCUCAUCACUUCUGAAGCAGACACAAUGCCAUGUGUUAAUCAAACCCUUUCAUUUUCCUCCUGGGACGUGAUUUCUCCUGGGUUAAUUUUGUGUAUCAAUGUGACUGGGCCACACAGGUGCCCAAGCCUUUGGUCAAACGCUGUUCUGGGUCUGUCUCUGAGGGUGUUUCUGGGUGAGAUUAGCAUUUAAAUCAGUAGAUGAGUAAAGCAGAUUACCCUCUGCAAUAUGGGUGAGCCUCAUCCAAUCAGUUGAAGGCCUGAAGAGAACAAAAAGGCUCACCCUUCACAAGCAUGGGGGAAGUCCUCCUGCCUGGCUGCCUUCAAGCUGGGACAUUUGGUUUCUCCUGCCUUUUGACUUUAAUUGGACCUGCACCAUCAGCGUUCCUGGGUCUCUAGUUUGCUCAGAUCUUGGGACUUGUAAGCCUCCAUAAUUGUAUCACUCAAUUUCUUAUCAUAAAUCUCUUUAAAUAUG